CCCGGCGGCGGGAGCCCGGUGCCGUUGGGGCGGCCGCGGCGCUGCGUGUCGCUGCCAUGGCGGCCGCCGGCCGGGCCCGCGCACCCGGGCGUUGGCGGCGGGGCCCGCGGUGACAGAUGUAUUUGAAGAGGCCGGCGGGCGGCCUCGCCUUCUGCCUUUUCUACCUGGCGUCCUGCUUCACCAACAAGUAUGUCCUGUCUGUCCUGAAAUUUACCUACCCUACCCUUUUUCAAGGGUGGCAGACAUUAGUGGGUGGACUUCUGCUUCAUGUCUCCUGGAAGCUGGGCUGGGUAGAGAUAAACUUGUGUUCAAGGUCUGAAAUCCUGUCAUGGCUUCCUGCUUCAGUGCUGUUUGUUGGCAUUAUUUAUGCUGGCUCUAGGGCACUGUCUAGAUUGGCAAUCCCGGUGUUCCUCACCAUGCACAAUGCAUCAGAAGUUAUAACCUGUGGGUUCCAGAAGUUUGUGCAGAAAGAGCAGACCUCUCAUCUGAAAGUCUGUAGUGUGCUGUUCCUCCUGGUAGCAGCAGUGUGCCUUCCCUUAUGUGACAUACAGUUUGAUCCAAACGGUUAUUUAUGGGCUCUAAUUCAUUUGAUCUGUGUUGGGGCUUACAAAGUAUUUCACAAGUUAUGGAAACCUAGCUCUUUAAGUGAUCUGGACCAACAGUACAUCAACUAUGUAUUCAGUGUGGUGCUGUUGGCCUCUGCAUCCCAUCCAGCAGGUGAUCUCUUCAGUGCCUUGGACUUUCCAUUCCUGUACUUCUACAGGUUUCACAGCAGCUGCUGUGCCAGUGGACUGUUGGGAUUCUUUCUGAUGUUGCACACAGUGAAGCUAAAAAGCAGCACAACCUCAGGGCAAUAUGCAGCAUGGAGUUUCCUUGCAAAGGUUAUCACUGCUAGCUUAUCACCGUUCUUCUUUGUCACGACUGCCAAUGUACUAACAAUUUCCUGGUCUAUCAUGUGCGUGCUAGAGCCUUGUGAUCAGCGGAGUUGGAGAAGCUUUGCUUGUUUACACAGAAAGGAUGGGCACAUAAAGAGGGACCAGAUCUCACCAGCUGGAAAAAAGCUGACUUGCAGCCUAGAGACCCUAUCAUGAAUAAAAUGCGGCAGCAGGAAUGAAGAAGUGCAACCAAACAUGAGGAAAGAGACCUAUUGUUUUUUUUUAUUAAGAAAGAAAAAUUACUCUAUUAAUAGUGCUGGUAAGUGAGCAGUGCAUAGUUGGCAGGAUGGUUAGGAGCCUUUGCCUCAAAGCACAAGACAAACUAUUUCUGAUUGAUGUGGUAAAGGAAAAACUGCACUGUCUCAUGCUGAUGGCUCUGUGUGAGAACCUCGCAGUAGCAGCUUCUUGCACAGGGAGCUGAACUCAGGAAAAGCAGCAUUCCCCACAGGAUGCCCCCAGUUUUUUUGUUGGAAGCUGACAGCAGGUUGUACCAAACAAUGUCAGUGCUGAAAUCCUGCCAUGAAUUCAGGAUCAGGAAGGAUGGAUUUUGUCUCCAACUGUUCCGUAAGCAGCAAGCUGCUGCACACAGGUCUCUAGUCACGUCAUCUGAACUGGCACAGUGACUGAGGCCGUGGGGCUUCUGGAGAUAAUCCCCUUCUGGAACUGCGGCGAUUUGACAGCUUUGCAGAAUGAGAAAAUCAGCAAUAAAUCUCAGUAUCUGUA